AUGCCCUCCUUGGUUCGCGCUUGCCAGCUUUUCCAGACCGCGAUUAUGUCCACCACAGCCACGCUCGUUGUCGGCGCCCUGGUCGGUAGCACUUUGGCUUCGUACCCAGGUAGCUCUUGGAAGCCGAAGCAUAACAACCACUCACCCUGGGAUCUGAAAAAGUUCACUUCACUCGUUACAUUUGGCGACAGCUACACUGACGACUCACGACUCUCGUACCUUGGACAGACCAAUGGCUCGCUACCACCUGUGGGCUACGCAAAUCCAGCAGUGAGUCAAGUCCUUCACGAUCGAUAUUGCAUCACUAACGCGCCGUGCAGAACUACAACUCUGCGAGUGGUGGUCGACCAUGGCCUCAAUACGUAG